AUGUCGAUCGCCGUCACCAGCCACAAGCCCGGCGAUGUCCUGGAGCAGGGCGUCGAGUGCGUGUUCAUCGCCGAGUGCGGCGUCGGUAAGGACCGCGCCUGCGACGAGGUUCAGAUCCUGCUGGGCGUCAAUGGCUGGACGGGCAAAUCGUGGCGGACGGUGCACGACUGCGCGCGCGUCGACCCGAGCACCGGGAGGGUGAGCGUCAGGUGGAGGGUCCCCAAGGACCUCGCGGCAUCUGAUGCGUACGUCGUGAAGGUUCAGUCGCAUCCGAGCACCGGCCCGACCCCGCAGAUAUGCGCGGAGGUGUCGGGGGUCAAGGUGACGACGCCGCUGGAGAUCGUGCGAGUCGGGCGCGACGAGGUGCAGGUGCGAUGGUCCCCCGGCGCGCUCCCCGCGGACUUCGAGAAGAGGGACGGGUGGAGGCUCGCACUGGACGUCGCGCCCGUCGCCAACGCGAACGAAUCCCACGAGGACGUCGUCGGAGACCUCUUCCUCCAGGCUGCCACCCGAGGACUCACCGUCCACACCCGACGCCGAUCGGUCCUCUACGACGUCACCAAGGAGGAAUCCGCGACGCGGCGCAAGCGACUGAAGCUCACCACCAACCGCACGUACCGCGUCGCCCUCGCGGGGUUCACCGUCGGCGAGCUGGAGGCUGUGUUCAGCACGUCGAGGGCCGAGUGCCGGAUGGGGAUGGUCCGGCUGGCGGCGUUCGGCGGCGGAUACAAUUCGGCGCAGUCGGGGGCGAGGCGGGUGACGCUGGGAGACGCGGAGUACAGGCGACGGCCGCCGGAUCCGCCGCGUCCACGGGCGAAGACCCAAAAGGAGAAGGGUGCGGCCAAGGGGGUCAAGGGCGGGGUCAAGGGCGGGGUCAAGGACGGCGGGGACGCGGAACGGAUCGGGGAGGGUGACAAAGAUGGCGAUGACGCCGCGAAGGAUGCGAGCGCCGCCGACUCGGAUCUGGUCUCCUCCAACGGCGUCGGCGGUGACGCGACGACGCCGACGACGACGCCGAUUCCAACGACGCCGACGACGACGAACACGAGCGGGGAGCCCCCGUCGGAUCACGCGUCCCCGCGGGACUCCCCUCGCGACGUCGACCCGAGGUUGGCCAACAUCGACCCGGCGGGUGGCUUCGAGGUUGGCGAGAGGGGCGUCGGGCCCUUCGGGUCCGGGCGCGGCGUCAGCGUGCUGAUCAUGCGCGCCACCGACCUCCACGUCGUGUUCGAGCGAACGUGGGACGUCAGCGGCGGGAGGAAACCCGCGGAGGCGAGAGCGGCGGCGGAGGCGUUGCGCGCCGCCUUCGCUCCCGAGCCGGCUCCCGCCGCGAAUGACGACGACGAAAAAGAGGAUCGGCGGCGGGACCGCGGUCCGAGACCCGGCGAACUCGCGCGGGGCUCGGCGACCCGACGCGAGUGGGGCACGCACUUCGUCGCCGUCACCACCGCGGGGGCGUGGGCGAUGGCGCCGGGUAAGGAUGGCGACGACCACGGCGUCGCCGCCGCGAUGGACGCGAUGGUAUCCGCGCUGGGGGGUUCGCCCUCGCAACGCGCGGACGUCCGAGCCGCCUUUAAAGGUCCCAGCGCGCCGGGUCAGCCCGCGGGGAUCGCGAUGCUCGCCGCGUGCGACCCGUCCGGCGGGUCGACGGUGUGGUGCGUCGCCGGUCGUGGGCCGAAGGACCGGGCGUGCGUGUCGCUGACGUUGGGAUGCGCGGGCGGGGAGUGGUUCCCGGCGUUUACCGGCGGCGGGGUCUCGUCCGGGGCGGCGGACGGCGAGACGACGGACGCGAGGGUGCCGUGGAAGGUUUGGGGCGAGGAGCCGUGGCACCUGUCACCCGUCGGACACGCGGCACCCGUCGGACACGAGAAAGUCGGUACGUCACCGCUCGAGGCGAUCGCGUCGAGGCGUCGGCGCGCCCCCGCGAACUUUGCCGACGAGGAAACCGUCGCGGCUUUCGCCGCCGAGUCCGUUCGGGUGUCGAGGUACCGAACCAUCGUCGCCGACGCCAAGGCGGAGAUGAUCGCGGGGGCACGGGCGGGCGGGAAGGAGUGGGACGCGUCCGGCGGCGGCGGCGGCGGCGGCGGCGGCGGGGGCGGGGGGGGAGCGGGAAGGACGGAGGCGACGGGUUUGACGUCGGCGCUGCUGGGAUUCGCGACCGCGCACUUCUCCGCGGCGGGCUGGGUGCCCCUGUGCAGGCUCCGGGACGCCACCAACCCGAAAAAAGCGCGCGGCGGCGGUGGCUUUGACGAUUCCGCCGAGUCCUCUCUCGCCGACGGACCUCCCGCGGGGGCACAUCGAAUGUCCUCCGAGGAGGUGGCGCUGGUUCAGCAGACGGAGUCGCUCGUGAGAAGCCUCGCGGCGGCGAGGAGCGCGCGCGCCAUGUCCGAGCUCGUCGCCGCGGGAGCCGCGGAGUACCUCUCCCGCCGCCUCGCGGCGUUGCUGUCCCCGGAGGGCCGUCUGCUUCCGAUGGGCGGGGGCCGGGCGCACGUCGGGCUCGACGCCGAGGGCGAGGGCGGCGGAUGGGGCGCCAAGAGCAAGGCGGCCAUCGAGCGAGGGCUCGCGGACGCGAGGGAGAAGGCGACGCGGGCGGUGACGUCGGCGGCGGCGGCGGCGGCGGCGGCGGUGGGACCGCACUGCGGCGUCCCCGCCGACUUGGCCAACGGGCUGUCCGCGACGGAUGAUACGGCGGCUAGGUCCGAUCCCGAAGUCGCGGCGGAGGCUCGGUCCCUCGCGCAGGCGCUCGCCUCGCUCUGUUCCCACAACGGCGCCGCGCUUCUCCCCGAGGCGGUGCGGCGGUGCGGCGCCCAGGACGCGCUGCUUCGAUCCUUCCUCGGCGGUUGGCGCGGUGCCUUGGGCGACGGCGCGGCUCCGCUUGCCGACGUCGAGGCGUGCGUCGAGGAACUCGCCAACGCUGACCUCACGCCCGUCGCGCUCACGCUCAGCGCGCCGCUGAACCUACCGGGCGGUGGCGCGGAUUCCGACUCGGACUGCGCAACUUCGGAAGACGAAGACUGCGGAGGAGAGGACGGGGGCGGGUCCGUUAAGGCCGCGUCCGGCUCGAGACGAAGGUUGCCGACGGUUGGUAUCGAAGCCAAAAAGAAGUCGGUCGAUACGGUGCCCUACGCGACGCUCACGGCGCUCAGGGCGGGGUUCACCUACCUCCCGUCCACGUUCAAAUCAUCCUCCGAGGGCGUCGCGUCGCGCGUCGGGGGUAAGAUACACGUCCUCGACAUCGUCGCUCCCGCGAAACCGGGCGAGACCAUCGAGCUUCCCGACCCCACGCCGCUCAUCGCCGAGGAGGAGGAGGAGGAGGAGGAGGAGGAGGAGGCUGGCCGGGGCCUGGAGCCCGCCGGCGCCGGUGAACCCCGGGGAGGGGUCGAGGGCGCGGAGCCGUGCGACGGGAGCGACGCCGGGUCCGUCGACAUGUGCGACGACGCGGAAGCGGACGAGGAGGGCAUGGCCGAGCUCAUGGGCUCGCCGAUGCGGGUCCUGCCGUUCACGGAAUCGGCGAAAAAGCUCAUCAGGGAGGAUCCCAACGCGCAGGGAGGAUCCAAAAACGGAUCCUCGAGGGACCUGACCCUCGCGAAGGACCAGCCGCGGACGCCCGCGACGCCGCCCAAGCCACCCGCGAGCAUCAAGGGAGGCGUUGCGGUGUUUCGAGCCAAAGACGGCGACUGGGACGCGCACGUGGCGAUGGUCAGGCAAGCGCCCCGGCUCUGCCUCCUCGCGCAGGCCAAGGGCGCCAACGCCGCCGUGUUCCUGUGGCCCGCGCGCGGCGACGGGUAUCCGCCCACGCAACCCCUCCUGCCGAGCCCAAACUUUGACGUCCCGGUGGGGAUACCCGCGUUCGUGCUCCCGGCGACGGACCUGGCGCCGGCGACGACGGGCGUCGAGGUGGACGGUUGGGAGCUCUCCGUCGGCGGCGGGUGGCUUCGCGCGAUUGGUUCCUCCGCCGCCGUCGCGGCUCGAUGCGGCGACGCGCUCGUCGCCGCGUGCUCGACCAGGCCGACGCCGGCGGCGGCGGCGGGGCUUCGUAAACUCGCGGCUCGCGUCGACGGCGCGCGCGCGCGGCUUGCGAGGGCCAAGGAGGAGGCGAGGCGAAAGGCGGAGGAGGAGGAGGCGGCGAGGAGGAGGGCGGAGGAGAAGGGGGACGAAAAGGGUGAGCAGUCGUACUGGGACGUCGCGAAGGGUUUCUUCGGGUACGGCGGGGGUAACGAGAAGGAGGAGAAGAGAAACGAAACCCCGGAAGAGAAGGGGGGGGACGAGAAGAAGGAGGGUGGGGUGGAGGAGGAAGGGGACGGGGAGAAGCGGACGGGUGAGCGGGUCGAGCCGGAGCCCAAGCCUGAAACCGAAACCGAGCCGGAGCCCGAGCCCGAGCCCGAGCCGGAGCCGGAGCCGGAGCCGGAGCCGGAGCCCGAGGUCGAACCCCCGAUCGUCGUCGACCCCGACGAGAUCACGAAGGCCAAACGUUGGUCCACCGCCAUGCGCAUCGUGUACGCCCUCGGCGACCGGGGUAAACCCUUCCUGGACAAGUCCUUCCCCGCCAGAGCCGGCGGCUCCGGAGUCCGCGUGCUCUGCCUCGACGGCGGCGGCAUCCGCGGCGUCGCGUCCAUCGUCGUGUUGGAGCGCGUCAUGGCCGCGGCGGGGCACAAGUACGUCGGCGAGUGCUUCGACCUCAUCGUCGGCACGUCGACCGGCGGGAUCAUCGCCAUCGGCGCCGGUUUGCUUCGCAUGUCCGUCGCGGAGGUUGCGGAUUUAUACGAAAACACCGCGGAGCAGAUUUUUGUCAGCGACGCGUGGGCGACGAUUGCGCGGUACGGUCCGGGCCACAACGCCGCGCGAUCUUUCGAGUCGCUCAUGACGGACAUCAUGGGCAAGGAGUUCGACCAGCCGCUGUACGCGUCGUGCGCGCACGAGAGGUGGUACACGGCGGGCAUCGGCGGCGUCGGCGGCGGCGGCGACGACGACGAAGACGGAGACGGGCAGAGGGGCAACGGGUGCAGGCCGGGCGGGCCGCCCCGGAUCUGCCUCGUGUCGUCCAUCGUCUCCAGGACCCCGUCAACGCCGUAUCUCAUGCGUUCGUAUCGAAGGACGUCCACCGCCACGGACGCGGCGAGCGGGGAGAUGCCCGGGGAUCACAGGCCCGGCGCCGUGAGCGCCCUGAGGGCCACCACCGCCGCGCCGUGGUACAUGGCUGAGCACGCGGUGCUAAAGGAGCUCAGCCUCGGCCGAGCAACCUCCGACUUCGAAUCCGCAGGGGGCAAGUCGAGCCCCGCCGACGGCGAAGACUCCGGCGAGAGCGAGGGCGACGUCGCGAUCGAGGAGACGAGCACACACGCGGCAACCAGGCACGACGACGCGAGCAGGGUCACGACGACGCUCCGUUUCAUCGACGGCGCCAUCGCGAGCAACAACCCGACGGCCGUGGGCGUGUUUGAAGCCAGAAGGCUCUUCCCGCGAGACAGAAAACUGUGCGUCGUGUCCGUCGGCACCGGCGCCGCGCUCCCGCGCGAGGUCCCCGGCACGGGGUACGCGCAGAGUCAGGCGGUCAGCAACCUCAUCGCGGCGACGUGCGACGUGCUUCAGGUUGAUGCGACGGUUCGACACGUGCUCGGCGCCGGGGAUCGGUACUUUCGGUUCCAGCCCACGGGUCAGGCUUUCGGGUGCGAGCUGAACGACACGAGGAAGGAGACGAUGGAGGCGCUGAGAAGGGAGGCGACGGAGUAUCUCGACACGGAGGCGGCCAAGGCUCAGGUGGCGGAGCUCGCGGCGCUGCUCCGCAACGUCUCAAACUUCCGGUCCGCAUCCGAGAAAAAAGACGCCUGGCGCGCGGAGGGUCGACCCCCCGCGCUUUCGCGCGCUUUCGCCGCGGGGCAGGGGUUGGCCAGCGCCCGACGCGGUCCCCGCGCGGCGUCCGUCAUGGCGGAACCGUUCCCCGAACCCGCCGACGACGCCCCGUUCGCGGUGGGCGGCGUCGUCGAGAAUCUGCCGUGGGACUCCUACAUCCUGCGCGGCGCGCUGGACACCGCGGCGCAGCUCCGGUUGGUGGACAGGAUAGCGUCGCUGGCCGGUCACGCGUCCGAGCGAUGGCCCGAACGAGCCGCCGGUCAGGACCAUCCCGCCAUCGUCGCGUCCCACGCCACGGGCGCCGUGGAGCGCCCGAGGGAAUGCCGACGCGCGUGCGGCCUGGCGAGGUGCCGCGGGCACUGCGGGAGAGACGUCGGAGCCCUGUACGCCCGGCCGGACGACGUGUUCGACCUGGCGCGGAACAUCGCCGCGCGCAUCGAGCGACAACGGGGGGCGAGCGCGGGCGCCUCCUCCCACGACCCCAUCGCCUUCGACGCCACGCACUUCUGGUCCCUCGUGUACGGCGACAGAACCCCGGGGCGUCGUUGUUUCGAGUCAGGGGACGCAGCCGGCGGCGUCGGCGUGGGCGUCGCCGGGGGCGCCGCGCCGGGCAGGAACUGCGGUCGCAUGCAGAGCCACCUGGACCGACCGAUCGGAUGGACCCUGAGUCUCAGCGUGGGCCGGGCCGUGACGUUCAACCUCGGUCGCCAUCCGACGCCGGGUUCCAUGUACGAGUCGUCGACCAAUUUCGCAAACGCCGCGCCCGGUCAGGGCGGUACGGGCGUGGACGUCGUGUUGCGAUCGGGGGACGCGGCGCUGUUCAGGGGUCACGCGGUGUUCCACGCGGUGGACGGGUUCGCGGACGAGGAACCACCCGGGGUGGACGGGUAUGGGAUGACUCGAGGCGCCCCAAACGGGGAGGGGAUUUCAUUCUCGGCGCCCGAGGGUUGGGCGUCGAGGCUCCUCGCGCCUUCGCGCUGCGAGCCUCCGCGGGACGGGUGGGCACCCGCGCGACUCGCGCUGCUGUUCAGGGACGAAGAGGACGCGCGGUAG